CCAAUGAUGCAGAAGUAGAUUCGGAUGAAGGUUCAUCAUGGAAAAAGAAGACGAAAAUAACGAAUGGAAUUGGUGGUGAUCAUAAUAAUAAAAAAGUUAAAAUAAGAACAUUAACAGGAGUUGCUUGUCCCAUAGUUCAACCUAUUCAAAUGUUGGAAGUUGAAAGAAUUGCUGAAACCGGUCCAAAUGAAGAUCAGAUGAUUGAAAAUGCUGGAAGAGGUGCAUCCAUGAUGUGUCUUCAAGCACUUGGAGGAUCAAGACGCAUACAACCAAAUAAUCAUAAUGCGGCACCAUUAGUAGUGAUACUCUCCGGAAAUAAUAAAACUGGUUCAUAUGGUUUAGCUACUGCUCGACAUUUAGCAAAUCAUGGUUGUCAUGUUAUCGUUUGCGUUAGUGUCUCAUAUCAACAAAAGAUUUUACAUCCAACUGGUGGAAAAUCUGUAAAAUCUGUAUCAGAUCUUAUCGUUGAUGCUUUAUUGGGUUAUCAAUUAUCACUUCGAGAUGUAGCUGAUGAAAGUGAAAAAAAAUUAAUUUGUGAUUUAAUGGAAUGGGCGAAUGUUAAUAAGGCUCCCGUUUUAAGUUUAGAUAUGCCAAGUGGUAUUAAUGGAAAUACUGCUCAUCAUAUUCAUCCAAAAUGGACUUUAUGUUUGGGAGCUCCUAAAAGUGGAUGUAAAUCUCGUGCAGUUACUGGUGAAUUGUUUUUAACUGAUAUUGGAAUUCCUCGAAUUUGUUGGAAAAGAAUUGGUGUAAAAGGGUGGGGUAUGCCUUGGGGAAGUGAAUAUUUGGUGGGAUUGGAAUAUUGUAAUUGA